AUGGACAAGCCUCGCUCUGCGGUGGCGCCGCCCCCGGGGCGCCGCGGCGUAUUUGUCGGCAACCUGCCAGGCGCCGUGACCGAGCGCGCCCUGAUGGCGCUCUUUUCGCGCUGCGGGCCGAUCGACAGCUUGUGGAUCGCGCGGGACCCCAGGAACCAGGUCAGCCUCGGCUAUGGCUACGUCGUCUAUUCGGCUUCCGACCCGCUCGCCCACGUGCGUGCCGCGCGCAGCCUUGACGGUGCAAAGUUGGACAGGCAGGCGGUGCGCGUGCGGCCGUCGGACCGCGACUUCGGCAGCCGGGGACCGCAGGGCCCGGCCGCCGCCGCGGCCGCUGCUCAUGCGCGCGCUGCGCCGCUGGGGCCAGUGGCCGCGCGGCGGCAGCCCGUCAAUGCGUGA